AUGACAGGCGGAUUCUCUUUUUCCUUCUCUGGUGACGACAUAGAGAACAACGGCAGCGAAGAAGGGGUACCCGCUCAGGCAGUCCCCUCGCUGGCAGCAGAGAAGACCACGGCAGACAAGGGGGCAUUUCCGGUUGAGGGCAAGCCACAAUUGCCGGCAGAGCACCAUGAUGUUGCCCACAUGCUCUCGCGUCUGCCUUCAAAGAUUGUAUACAGCCUUCUAGACAUCGACCUCGGACAAGGGAAGAGGAUUCAGCUGCCAAGGCGGGAAUUAUUCGACGUUCGCGUCCAAUUGGCGGCGGAGGACGACGAGCUGGGGACAGGUGGCGAGGACGAUACCGGGCUGGGAAAACAUGAUGUCCGCAGCGGCAUAUAUGAGGGUGGCUUCAAAAGCUGGGAGAGUAGCGUUGACCUGGUCAAGGUGCUUUCUCAGGAUGCGCACUCACCAAUCCUGGCACUAACGAACGGGCCACUGAGGAUAAUAGAGCUUGGGUGCGGGACUGCAUUGCCGUCUCUUGCCGUCUUUCAAUGGGCAGCCGAGACUGGAGUGAUGCCAGAGAGGUUUCAUCUCUCGCUGACCAUGGCGGACUACAACCCGUCCGUGCUAUAUCUUGUCACACUGCCGAAUUUCAUCCUCACAUGGGCACUUAGCCAACAAGCACAGAGCACACUUGUGCAGGACGCGCUCUCCUCCGAGGGACAAGAGGGUGAACUUGAACUGAGCGAAGAGGUGAAAGCUGCCUUCCUUUCCUUCCUGGAGACCUCCAAAAUCAGGCUAUCCUUUGUCUCGGGCGGCUGGUCGCCGGCCCUCGUUGACCUUCUCUACAGCGACAAGCUUGUUCCACCAGAAACCGCCGAGUAUUCAAAUCCCAGCACGCUCGUAAUCGGCGCCGAGACCAUAUACUCCCCGUUUGCGCUUGCCGCAUUCGCCGAGACUCUCUUGGAAGUGCUGCGGAGGGAGCAGGCGAGCGGGAAGGCGACAAGUAUAGUGGCGGCGAAAAGAUUGUACUUUGGUGUUGGAGGUUCGCUGGACGACUUUGUGGAAAGGAUGACGGCAUCGGGCACGACGGUCAGCUGGGUGGCCGAGGAGACGGAAGGCGUCCGCCGGGGAGUUGUGCAGUGCUCGCUACCGUAG